UUAUAAAGAAGAUGAGGACGUGCAGAAUAUGAUACAGUAGAGGGGGACAAUAUUUGGAUGUUGACAUUUCAAAAAAUGGCUUGGAAAAUAUAUUUCAUACUUGUUUUCAUACCUAUCAUUUUCCAUUGUGUCAUAGGAGAUCAAGAUUUUACAGAUCUCUGUCCCGAAAGAACGGAAAAUCCUGUGCGUCACACAUGUCAGAAGGCUUGUACAAAGGAUCAAGUCUGUCCAAAGAAGAGGCUCAAAUGCUUAUGCGAUGGAGAAUGUGGGAUGAGCUGCGUUGCACCCCGCAGCAGCUGCCUGUGGCCUGUAACCCUCGAGAAUGCUAACAUAUCUCUGAAGCAGGAAACAUGGAACUUUGGAGAUCAGAUUUUAGUGCGCUGCCAACCGGGAUUCAAAAUGGCCAAUGGACAGGAGGUGGCACAAAGUCGUUGUCAAGGAGACAAGAAGUGGAGUGUGACAGCACCCUGUGAUGCUGUGUCCACUUGUAAUGAGCCUCCAAGUAUUGAGAAUGGAUACUUUGUAAAGAAUGGACAUUUGAUAGAAGGAGCACUGGUCGAGUAUACAUGCAACCCAGGCUAUAGACUGGAAGGUUCUGCAUUCACAGAGUGCCUGGGGAACAAGACCUGGUCCAUCUAUGCUCCGACAUGUAGAAAAGUCUAUUGUCCACCACCUCCAGAGAUCAAAGAAGGAAUUCUUGUAGCUGUGAAGAAAGCAGAGUAUGAAGUCUCAGAAGUGAUAUACUAUAUGUGCAAAAGAAAUUUCUUUAUGGAUGGAUCACACAGUGUUACCUGUAUGGAAAAUGGACAGUGGUCUGAUGGUCCAGCCUGCAGAGCAAGAUGUAAAGUGCCAGUACAGCGGAGCCAAGUUAUUUACCAAGGUCGGAAAGUCUGGGUUACAGAAAUUGAUGAGGGUUUGGUGCAUCACUCCGAGAAUGUGAAUUUUUUCUGCCGGAAUAAAACACAUGCCUGCAGCUUUACCGCCUCCAGCCAAUGUUUUGAUGGUGUACUCAAACCUCCAGAGUGUUAUGAAGAGCCGACUUGGGUACAGUAUACUUUUUUCUCCAAGAACCUCGUGUCAGAAAUUUCUUCAUGCCAAGAACUGUAGAAUGGAAGAAGAUGGCUCCAUAAAUACUGCAAUGAGGAGUGCACCAAUGUCUACGUGUUCACAAACUAUUUCCUUCUGGUUGUAAAAAAUGCUCCACGUCAGCGUGGGAGUACGGCCAGGCUGCAAUUACAUUGUCUCAUGGUAGAAAAUGUGUACAGAGUGAUAUUUAUUUGUGAUGUUAGCAACUUGUAUUAAAUACAUUGCGUGUUCCUUUUCCUCAGCCAUGGAGAAGAGGAAAGACCACAUACAAACACGUUUCUUCUCGUCAAUGCCUCGCACAGAAUGUAGAUUAAAAGUUGAAGCAAGACUGACAAUCUCUUAUCAUUGCUGCGGAGGAUCUAACAAAUACGAAUAAAACUUGUCUCAGAGA